AAGUUCAAGGAAAAGGUCAUCUCCUGCUACAAGGACAUCAGAGCUAUAGUGUUUCGCUGCCAGCUAUUUGUUAAUGCCUACCUCGUGCAUAAUAAGAAUGCCAUUCCUUCAGAAGUCUUCGCACAGCAAUUUUGGUAUUCUGUUGGACAACUCGUUACGGGCAAAAAGGUUACUCAUAAGAAGGCGCUGAACGACGACAUCAAAAAUUAUUUUGAUGACUUUAACGAAAAGCAUCCGAUAAUAGUAAUCAGUCAGAGCUUCACUAAAGGUUACAGCCACUGUCUCACAGAAGCCGCCAAGGAGAUAAGCGUUUCGUAUACUAAGUCUAUUGUUGAGCUUUUUGAACAACGAGUGCUUAAAUAUCUAACCUAUAAGCUGCAAAACAUGUUUGUUAGCAUGAAGAAGGCCGACGCAGUGGAAAUAUCAAAAACAUACUGCUACCAAGUAAUAUGCAAAGGCGAACCCAACUGGCCUGAUAAAAUCAUGCUUAGUAAAGAAGACAAAAGCAAGAUAGAGAUGCUAUGCAAAAGCUUUGAGAAACUUAUAACGGAAAAGGUGACGCUGCUUUCCUUAUCAUCCGAUUUCGCCAAGUUUACCAAAGCCUUAUGGCACAUCCUAUCCUCGUAUGAAAAGGAA